AUUCUUACACGACACUUCAUCCUUAAUAAAUUGUUAUUCGCUCAACCGAAACUUUCAUUUUCAUUUCCACAAAUUUGGAUCAAAUAACAAACAAAUAUCGAAUCAGAAGAAGAAAAAGUCGAAAAUGGGGAGCAAGAAGGGAAGAACAAUGGUUGAAGUUGGAGCUGAUGGGGUUGCUGUUAUCACUAUCAUCAAUCCUCCAGUCAAUUCUCUUUCACUUGAUGUGUUGCAAAGCUUAAAAGAGAGUUUCGAUGAGGCCUUACAACGAGAUGAUGUGAAGGCCAUUGUUGUUGCAGGUGCAAAUGGAAAAUUUUCUGGUGGUUUCGAUAUUUCUGCUUUUGGUGGAAUUCAACAGGGAGCAGUGCAGCAGCCAAAGUCUGGCUAUGUAUCUGUUGAGGUUCUCACUGACACCAUCGAAGCCGCAAGAAAACCAUCAGUUGCUGCCAUCGAUGGCCUGGCCUUAGGUGGGGGUCUAGAGGUUGCAAUGGUAUGUCAUGCCCGGAUAUCGACCCCUACUGCACAACUGGGCCUGCCUGAACUUCAACUUGGACUAAUUCCUGGGUUUGGAGGAACGCAGCGACUUCCACGGCUUGUUGGUCUCGCGAAGUCCCUUGAAAUGAUGUUGACAUCAAAGCCGGUUAAAGGCGAAGAAGCCCUUGGAUUGGGUCUUGUUGAUGCUGUCGUUUCAUCUCAUGAGCUGGUAAACGCUGCACGCCAGUGGGCACUGGAUAUUUUGGCACGAAGAAAGCCAUGGGUUGCUACCCUUUAUAAGACUGAUAAGAUCGAGCCCCUCGGCGAAGCGAGGCAAAUACUUAACUUUGCUCGAGCACAGACUCGAAAGAGGGCUCCAAAUCUCAAGCACCCCUUGGUUUGCAUUGAUGUAAUCGAGGAGGGCAUAGUUAAUGGUCCUAAGCCAGCUCUGUAUAAGGAGGUUGAAGCUUUCCAGGGACUUCUCAAAUCUGAUACCAGCAAAAGCCUGAUCCACAUCUUCUUUGCUCAGCGUGGAACAUCAAAGGUUCCUGGGAUUACUGAUAGGGGCUUGGUGCCAAGAAAAGUGAAGAAGGUUGCUAUACUUGGCGGAGGUUUAAUGGGCUCGGGGAUAGCAAUGGCUUUGCUUCUUAGCAAUUACACAGUGAUCCUGAAAGAAGUGAAUGAGAAGUUCUUGGAGGCUGGGAUUGGUCGAGUCAAAGCCAAUUUGGGAAGCCGAGUUAAGAAAGGGCAAAUGACUCAAGAAAAGUUUGAGAAAACCAUGUCUCUGCUCAGGGGAGUUCUUGACUUUGAAAGCUUUCGGGAUGUGGACAUGGUCAUCGAGGCUGUAAUCGAGAAUGUGUCAUUAAAGCAACAAAUUUUUGCCGAUCUUGAGAAAUACUGUCCACCACAUUGCAUACUUGCAAGUAACACUUCCACUAUUGAUUUGAACUUGAUUGGUAAAAGGACCAAAUCCCAGGAUCGGAUUAUUGGAGCUCAUUUCUUUAGUCCGGCUCAUAUCAUGCCGUUAUUGGAAAUUGUUCGUACUGAGCAUACAUCUCCCCAAAUAAUUGUUGACUUGCUUGAUGUUGGGAAGAAAAUAAAGAAGACUCCAAUCAUCGUUGGAAAUUGCACAGGUUUUGCUGUCAAUAGGAUGUUCUUCCCGUAUACACAAGCAGGCCUUUUCCUUGUUGAACGGGGAACAGAUGUUUAUCGGAUUGACCGAGCAAUUACUAAGUUUGGAAUGCCAAUGGGCCCGUUUAGGCUGGCUGACCUUGUCGGCUUUGGUGUUGCAAUUGCCACUAGCUCACAGUUCAUUGAGAACUUUCCCGAGCGAACCUAUAAAUCAAUGCUUAUCCCAAUUAUGCAGGAGGAUAAGAGAGCAGGUGAAAGUACUCGAAAAGGUUUUUAUUUGUACGAUAAUAAACGCAAAGCUAGUCCCGAUCCUGAACUAAAAAUGUACAUUGAGAAGGCGAGGAGCAUCUCUGGUGUAGCUGUUGACCCUAAGUUUGUGAAAUUGUCAGAGAAGGACAUUGUGGAAAUGAUAUUCUUUCCAGUGGUUAAUGAGGCUUGCCGAGUUUUUGCUGAAGGUAUUGCAGUGAAAGCAUCUGACAUUGACAUUGCUGCUGUUAUGGGCAUGGGAUUCCCACCUUACAGGGGAGGACUCAUGUUUUGGGCUGAUUCUCUUGGUUCUAAGUACAUUUAUUCGAGACUUGAGGAGUGGUCGAAUUUAUACGGAGGAUUUUUCAAGCCUUGCGCUUUCUUGGCUGAAAGAGCUGCCAAGGGUGCUCCAUUGAGUGCACCACUGGAGAUGGGAAAAUCAAGACUAUAAAACUGCUUUGAUUGCAGUGCUCGGAGAUGGCCAUUGAUGGUUUUACCAAUUUGCUGCCAUUGAUAGAAUGAUAAAGCUCUCAAGAUGAGCUUUCAAUAAUGUUGUUUCAAAUCCAAAAAAGGAUAUGAGAUAGGGAAGCAGAUAAGCUAAAGAAUGAAACAUGAAUAAUAAUAGUAAUAGACAUCGCAGAUCAUUUCUAGAAACUAUCUUAAUGUUAUUCUUUUCAUUGUCUA